AUGCCCUCCAACACAUCUCACAAGCGCACCGCAGUCGAAGCCUUCCCAGGCCUGCUUGCUCUUCCCUCCUUCGAGCCUAACCAAAAUCGCGAUGAAGGCGAAACGCACUUCGACCGCACAGAAGAAUACGAAGAGAAUAACAAGGACUAUGACGACACGUCGCAACUCCGGUUUCUGCUAGACGAUGAUAUCGAGGAAGACAGUGGUUACGAAGACAACAGCGACUACGGGUACGAGAGUGCCAACGAAGGUGACGAAGACUACGAUAUCGAGGUUCCUAUUGGAUUUGGGGACGCCUUAUCCAUACGCGAAGAUGUGCUGCGCUCAAGCUCAAAGUUCUUCGACACCGCUUUACGCGAACGCUGGAAGGAAGGAGCAUUCGGCAGCAUCAAUCUUCCCGAGGUAGACACAGAAGGUUUCGCUACAUACGCGAAGUGGGUGUACACCGGGCAUUUGUACCUGAGAGGUACGGUGGACGAGGUUCUGCCAAAACGAAAUCAAGUCCCAGGUCCGAUCAAGACUUUAGAGUGGCGACAUUGGUUGACAUGCUACCAGACAGGCGAAUAUCUCCAAGAUGCGGACUUCAGAGGUGCUCUCGUUGAUGCUGUUGUGCAGCUGUACAAUCGAUCAAUAGCCAAGAAGAAAAACAACUCCCUAUUUUUUGCGAGCGCUGAGUUUGAUCGACUAUCGGGCUUGAUGAAGCCGUUGUUGACUUCAGCGCGCAGGAAGAGCUGGGCUUACAAGCACAGCUAUUGCUGUGUAACGGAGAAGUUUGUCCUUCACGAACCGCAGUUGAUAUCCAAAGUUUGCAGUGAAAUAAUCCAACGUGACGAUAAAUAUUGCUUCCAUGCCUACUUCUUCCGUGUUUUAACAACGUUGAACGCACCCCCAGCCCAACUUCAGAAAUUUUUCUUAGUUGAAGACAACAUUUCAAUCACUCAAGGUUCACCAGCAUACGAGCCUACAUCCCUCGAAGUCACAACUUCCAAAGAUACAUCGUUAAGUUGA